ACGAAGCACUCGAGUCACGUCACAUAGGAAACGCCGCGUUGAAUUCUGGGUGACCUGAAGUGUCAAGGUCAUUGAUGGGUGACGGCUUGAGAAUGUGAACUUUUCAAAUGGUGAUAUUGAACCGCUGCAGGACCGCCGUCAUUCGUUUCCUGUCUCUUUCGUCAGUUGUCUACGCCUACAGUAGAUUGGCUGCCAUGGCUUGGAGGUCAAGUGGUAGUAAUAAUGAAAACCUUAUUAAUAAUUUAAAAAGAAAUGGUAUUAUCAAAGAUGAACGAGUGUACCAAGCCAUGUUACAAGUAGAUAGAGGACAUUAUGCCAAACACAAUGCCUAUAUGGACUCCCCUCAAUCCAUUGGUUAUGCUGUUACCAUAAGUGCACCACAUAUGCAUGCCUAUGCAUUACAACUGCUAAAAGAUCAUCUGUAUGAGGGUGCAUCAGCUUUAGAUGUAGGCUCUGGCAGUGGGAUAUUAACUACCCUAAUGGCAAUUAUGGUUGGUGAAGAGGGUCAUGUGGUUGGAAUAGAUCACAUUGAUGAACUGGUAAAAGAUUCCAUCACAAAUAUCCGCAAGAAUCCAGCGCAUGGUGCAAUGCUAGACAGUGGACGAAUCAAAAUGGUUGUGGGAGAUGGCCGUAAAGGGUAUGCAGAAGAUGGUCCUUACGACGCCAUACACGUUGGUGCUGCAGCUCCUAACCUUCCACAGCAUCUCGUUGAUCAACUUAAACCUGGAGGCAGGCUGAUAAUACCUGUAGGCCCAGAGGGGCAUAACCAGCAAUUAGUUCAAGUAGACAAACGGCAGGACGGGACUGCUGACAUACAGAACUUAAUGCCAGUGAUAUAUGUACCACUCACAAACAAAGAAAAGCAAUGGCCAAGAGGAAAGGAAGACCUGUAGCAGUACAACACCAAGAAAUGGUUUUCGGUUUUCAAGAGUGCUGUGGUCCCAGUUUGCCCUACUUUAACUUAACAUACAUUGCAUAAAAAGUGAUAACUUUAGAUGCAAAUAUGUAGUUUUGUGAUUGAUAACCAAACAGGCUAUUUAACAUAUAAACACAUUGUGAGUCAUUUAGUUUGGAUUCUUUUCCUAAUUCAAGCCUCUCUGCCAUACUGUUUAAACACAAAGGCAGGAGAAAGACUUCUAUAUAUUAUAAUUCUAGCAUAAUUUAUUCAUUGUGUGUGUGACCUAGGUACCAAAAUCCCAGUGUUAAUUUUUUUUUUUUUUUUUUUUUUUUUUUGCUAUAAAGGGCCUAAGUAUUCCCAGUAAAUGCUAAGUUUGCUCAUACUGUAAGUGGUGCAUGGCAUCAUAUGUAGGAUUGUUCCAUACUGUUGUUUGCAAGGAUUGUAAAAUGAAUGCUUUGUUUUAUUGGUUGGAAUUUUUUUCAUUAAGAAGGAAACUGCUUAAGUCCUUUUAUUUAUUUUGCAACAAUUUGUAAUUUUGUACCUUUUUUGACCUAUUAGUCAUAUGCAGUAUUUCUGUACUUCAUGCAAUGCUGGUAGAUAUAAAUACACCUUGUAUUUGCAGUUAUAUAAAAUGUUUUGGAAAAGUGUAUUGUAAAAUGUAUAUACAUUCAAGUUAAAACCCUUUAAAUUUGUUGCUUUGAAGAGUAAUUUUUAUUUUAAGUAAGUUUAAAGUAAAUUGUUCAUUAAAACUAGCAUUUCUGUUACAUUAAUGAAUUUGGCAGUUUUGCUGUAAGCUUACCUCCAGAAGUUGUGCCAUUUGAUACUAUGUAAACUGAUAUAGUUUUUUCUUUUCCUAAAACAUUGAGAGUAUUAACUGGC